GCAUUAGUCUCCAUUCGAGCAACAUCUAAAAGUUAUAAAAAAAAAAAUACAAAAUUUUAAAUCUACAAAAUUUUACGCUUCACUUUCUUUAUUUCGGGCUAAAAAUUAACAAUGUGCUCUCCUUGUGGACCCUGCAGCCCCUGCGACCCCUGCUGUGGGCCCUUCGAGUGCUCUCCCAAGUGCUACAAUGCCGCGCAAUUGGAAGCCUUGCCGCAGUGUGCUCCUCGCAUUCCGCCUCCUUUCCCCAAGUGCAUAACUGUGCAGCAGCCUCCGCGUCUCAUAUGCAAGAAGCGGGUUGUCUUCACAGAGAAGAUCGUGCCCGAGCCCAUGGUUGUCAAUCGCUGCAGACAGAUCACUGUGCCGAAAGUUGUGGAUGCCACGCGAGUUAUCAAAGUGCCAAAGCUAAUUUGGGUCUCACAAAUGGUUCGGGAGCCCCGUGUCAUAUACUAUCCAUCCAUGAUACCGGAUCCCUAUGUCGUCUGCUAUCCGAAGCGAGUUUGCGAGCCCAGAGAAGUAUGCCAAUCAAUACUGUGCCAACCCAAGCCACAGACCAUAGACAUCCCGCCGCCGCGCGAGUAUUGCUGCUAUCCAAAUGGGCCCAUCAACUACAAGCCCAGUGCCGCUUGCCCACCAUGUCCAAUAGGACCAUGUGCUCCAGGUGGCGCAUGUUGUCCACUGCCCUGCUUCUCCACCAAUCAGUAUCCAGUGUGCGAGACUCGUUGUGGCCCCUGUGGACCACCUUGUGGUCCCUGUGGACCCUGUGGACCUGCUGGUCCUUGUGGGCCGCCACGGUGUGGACCCUGUGGGCCCUGUGGACCCUGUGGACCGGGACGCUGUGGACCAUGCGCAGUACCAAACUGUGGACCUUGUGGCUUGACAAUGCCAUCUGGACCGUACAUUCCCGCACCUUGUGGACCAUGUGGAACCGGUUGUGGUCCCUUGAGCAAUGGACCUUGCGGACCCUGUGGACCAUGUGGACCUUGUUCGCCGCCUUGUCCAUAUGAGUCGCCAGAGUGUGGACCUUGUUAUCCUUGUGCACCUACGCCUUGGAACACACACUGUGGACCAGUCGGCCCGUGUGGCCCCCAAGUUCCAUGUGGACCCUGUGGACCUUGUUGAGCUUCUCGUAAAACUCUUAUUAAAUUACAAGUAUGAUGAGUCGGACGAAACUAUUUAUAAUAAAUCAUUGUCAUAACUAUUGAAA